GACAGCCCGCGAUGCAUUCAGAUGCUUCAUAAAUUAAACUGUUGGUGGCUGCGCUAUUUGGCAAACGAAAUUCAGAGUUAUUAGAGUUCUGCUGUCUACAACUUGAAGAUCUUUAGUUCAAAUAAUUCGGAAGUGGAUUUUGUGGUGGACAUUUGCAGAUAGUGUAGGACUUAUGCCGAAAACCACUAAAGUGUGUAAUGAACGAAGUGGGUUGACAAUUUUAGUACGGGGCAACUACUUUCCAUUGGAACAUACACAAGCUCUUGGAAUUGAGAAGAAUCUUAGAUGAAGUGUUCUGUGAAUGUUUCUUACAACUUAGAACAGGCUAAUGUUCUCUCGCAGUGAUUGAUAUGGAGAUUGUUGAUCGAUACUUAUAUGGACAAUUGUAAAUUUAUAUGAGCUCAGUCUGUGAUGUGUGGGUUGCAGUUAUGAUUAAUCAGCAACGUGUUUGAUUAGGCGGUUUAGUCGUCACCCUUGAGUUUAGCACUAUCUUGUUUACGCGCUAAUCGAGCUCAAUUAAUUUCAGUGUUCGUUAAUUUGUUAAGCCACCGUAGUUUACGAGAUAAUUGCAUCUUGAUUGCAGGUAAAGCUGAGCGAUUUGUGGACCAGAUUUAAGUUAUCGGGGUAGACGAUUCCAACGUCUUUCAAUCCACACUUCAAGAGGCUUUUGGGGCAGCAAAACAAAACGCGACACGACCGCAUUGCAAAAUGUAUCUUCUCGACGGCGCGAACUCAACCUGUCCAACUUGAUGUACGUGAAUAGUUUGUGAUGGAACAAAGUGGAGCUAGGAGCUACUGAUGGGAACUUCCCACAUACCUUAAAUCAGGAAGCUUGAAGGAACUAGAAUUGUGACUUUGUGGAGGACAAAAGGCCGAGUCAACCGUUACGAACGAAAAUUGGUUCAAGAGCGUGCGAGGCAACAUGGCGGGGCUACUACGAAAUGUUACUAAUGCAAUCUGGCAUGCAUUCAACGCACUACACCAAGAGGAACGAGGACUAGUCAACAAAACCAAACUUAAGGUGCUAACUGCUAAUAUCGCUACCGUUCUGGAUUUAUAUGGACUGGAGAAAGGUCUGGACCAUUACCGAUCGUCAAUGAAUUUGAGUUUUGAACAUUUUCACCAUUAUCUAAGGCAAGAGGUAUUCUCAUCAUUGCCGAAUAGUCUGAGCAUGGCUGAGAUGCGAAAUUUCGAGGAGAAAAUUGAAGAGAUUUGUUGGCUAAUUUGUCGCAGAAAAUAUGCUGAGGCGAACCAUACCAGUCUGGAUGAGAAGCAUUUAUAUAAACUAUUCCGAAUAUUUUGCUUAGUCAGUGAUUUCGUAGUUCCAGAAAACGAUCCUCUUGGCACAGAAGUCCUUCUAAACUCUUCAGAAACUGUUCUUUUGAUUCAGCAAAUUAUGACCGCAAUUGGUUUAGAAUUCGAAAAUGACAAACGGGUAAAUCAUCUGAGUCAAAACGAUCUAUCUUUUCGGUUUGACCAGUUCCUAGAUUUAGUUGAUUUUCCCGACAACUCGAAUGUAAUUGAAUAUGAGGAAUCAAUGCAUGAGGCAAUCGAUGAAAUGUACCAAACGUACAUCAAGGACAUAAUAAAAAAGGGGUUCCUACUACGCCGCGGAUAUCUUCUUCCUACUUUUAAAGAAUAUUGGUUUGUUUUACAACCAUGCGAGCUAUCCUACUAUAAGAAUCACAGCGAAAAAGAGCUAUGCGGAACUAUUCCUCUAGAUCCAAAAUUUAUGGUGAAGCCAAGCAUCAACACAUCAGGCAAACCUGAUAAAUUUCUUAAGUUCGUUCUAUCAUCUGGGGAGAGGAGUUUUGAAUUUGCAACGCACGACCACCGAACUCGGAUGCAAUGGAUUGCAGCUCUUCAACUAGCUAUAACUUAUUCCUCAGGAAAAGAAGGAUUUCAGAGAGACUUAAUUUCGCAAAGACGGAAAAAGCGCGAAGCUGACCGAAAGCGUCGAAAAAUAGAAGAAAAAUUGCGAAGUGUCCACUUAAAAGAAGUCGAAUUAGCCAAAACGCAACUGAAACAGGAGCAAUUAGCUCGGCAGGCAGCUGAAAAUCAGGCAAAGCAAUUUGAAGAACUUGCUCGAGAAGAUUCGCGGCGCGUGGCGGAACUGGAGGACCUUAAAACCACAUUAGAACGUCUGUUGGAAGAGGAAACCCAGGCAAAACGCGAUGAAGAAAUUGUUCGAGCACUUCAAGCCCGAGUUCUUGCCGAAGAAUGGGAGAAGCGAGAAGAACUAGAACAACUGCAGCGGGAGCAAAAAUCGAUGUUGGAGCAGGAGCGUCAAAAGAGGAUGGAAUUUGAGCAGCGGCAAAAAGAAAAGGAGAACCAGUUGGCUGAGGCCCAAAUGAUGCUCAAGAAGUUGGAAGAAGAAAGAAUAAGGUUGGACCUAGAAUUGAAGCAUGCCCGCUUGAAAAUUAUUGAAUCGGAAGCGAAUAAAGAAGACUUGGAGGCGCGAAUGGAUGCUUGGCAACCGAUAUUGAAGCAAAAUUCAGGAGUUCGAAGAACUCUUUCGUUUGUUGUUCCAUCCCGGGAGCGACCAACGCCGAUGGAAUUGCGGUCGUCAUCGUUUCGGCGAAAGACAGCUCAAGACUCGAAUUAGUUAAAAAAAAAACGUGUAAAUACUAACCAGUUAAAAUGUUUACUUAGAAAAGUGAUAAUACAAUUUAAUUAAAAUUAAAUUUCAAUUCU